CUUUCUACAGCUGUGAUCGUUGGGCGCUCAGAGCUCCUUGGUUGUGUUCCAACUUCUCCCAUUUAUUUUAAUAGAAGUGGCCCGUCUCUGCUAAAUAAUCUCUGCCGUUACGGUCUCUAUUAUGGUACAUUUUUAGAAGUUAUAGAAGAUCUCUGGCUUUUAAAGUAGAAGCGGCUCGAUGGUGUCGUAUCCUGACUUAAGGCGUUACCGGGCUUCACUGAGAUAAACUACGAUUUAGUAAAAAACCAGUAUCUCUUCAUAGAAACAUGGCUGAGCCUGAGCUCCUGCUGGACUCCAAUAUUCGCCUUUGGGUUGUGCUGCCUAUUGUGUUCAUUACUUUUCUGGUUGGAGUGAUUCGCCAUUACGUCUCAAUUCUUUUACAAAGUGAUAAGAAGCUCACAUUAGAGCAAGUUUCCGACAGUCAGGUUCUAAUCAGGAGCAGAGUGUUACGAGAAAAUGGAAAAUAUAUCCCCAAACAAUCUUUCUUGAUGAGAAAAUUCUACUUCAAUAAUCAAGAGGAUGGGUUUUUCAAGAAAACCAAAAGAAAGGUAGUCCCACCCUCUCCGAUGACUGAUCCCAGCAUGCUGACAGACAUGAUGAAAGGCAAUGUGACAAAUGUUCUUCCAAUGAUCCUUAUUGGUGGUUGGAUCAACUGGACCUUUUCUGGGUUUGUCACAACAAAGGUACCUUUUCCUCUCACACUCCGCUUCAAACCGAUGCUGCAGCAGGGAAUUGAGUUGCUCUCACUAGAUGCAUCCUGGGUGAGUUCAGCAUCUUGGUACUUCCUAAAUGUCUUUGGUCUCAGAAGCAUGUAUUCCUUAAUCCUGGGACAAGACAAUGGUGCAGAUCAGUCUCGUAUCAUGCAGGAGCAAAUGAGUGGUGCUGCAAUGGCAAUGCCUGCAGACACAAACAAAGCUUUCAAGGCUGAAUGGGAGGCAUUGGAGUUGACUGACCACCAGUGGGCCUUGGAGAAUGUUGAGGAGGAUCUAAUGAGCAAGGACUUGGACCUGUCUGGGUUGUUCAGCAAAGACUUGCCAACAGGCAUCUUCUAAGUGCCUGUUCACUACUGAGAGAUUUUGGAUGACCUCACCAAAUCAGAAUAAUAGUGACUUGAUUGAACUACUGGACUUGCUUUGGAAGUGAUGGAAAACUUCAGAUGUUUCCUAGAAAGUGUCAUAAACCUCAUUGCAGACAUAUUACAUUUUGUGUCAGAUGCAUGCACCAUUCCUUCCAUUGUUUAUUUUGCUUGGACACAAAUGAUAGAGUAUGACAAAAGGUUAUUUAAGCUUAAAGCUGUAUGGUUUAUGUCUUGCAAAAUGCAACCGAAACAUUUGCAGUGUAUCCCAUAGUGUAGCGUGUUACUAGGUUUUCUUGAAAACAUUCCUUAAUUAUGAGUAUCUUUAUUUUUGUUUUAACACUUAGAUAUGCAUUUUUAAAUUUUGUUUUAGGAGCCCUGCAUUCCCUGGGAAAGUAGGCAGAUUAGCAGUUUUAGGAAGAAAUUUAACAUUAAAAAUGGACCAGUCCAUUACUUCAGUUACAUAAAUAGUAUAUGCUACUAUAGUUAGUCUGGUGUUGAUAGAUGCUUUCUUUUGGUGCCAAUAAUCAACCAUGCACUGAGUGUGUAGUGAAAAAGACCUUUGGCAAUCAAACAAUAAAUUCAGUAGAUUUAC